AUGGACUUCAUGAGAGCAAUGGAAGAUGGCCGAAUUGGCAUCACACUCAUCGACAGCAUCGACAUCUACGAUUUGGAACAUGUUCACUACAAGUCCUUUGCGAAAUACUCUUCAAUCGGAAUCAGCUUCGAUCUCACAGAAGUCGUCACCAAGGACACUCCAUGGAAGUUCGUCAAGGGCGUUCCAACCAAAAACCUUGCGUCCGACGACGUUCAAAUCAUGCUCACCGGCCUUGACAAGGUCUCUUUCCUCACUACCGAAGAGAACUGCUUGCUCACCGGCGGCGCUGCUUAUCUUGAGGCUCGCGAAUACACCGAUCUCGAGCGCUCUUGCUUGAUUGAAGGAAAAACUUUCUGGUCAAAGCCUGUUCUUCCAGCUGCUUAA